GUCUGUUAAUUUGUAACCUGAAUGUUGAUUUUCAUUUUAUGAGCACGACUGUUGUAAAAAAUUGAAUCUCAAGUAUUGCAGCAGGAAGAGUUGUUAUUCACAGUUCAAGUUUUGUCUGUUCCAAAAGAAUCUAAGCAAGUGUAUCAGCUGAAAAAAAGGUUAAUUAGUUUAAUGAAUCUUUAGAAUCAGAGGGGAUUCAAAUCAUUUAUUAUUAUUAUUAUCAUUUGUCUAGGUUUGUUCAGCUUAGUUUGCUCUCUGUGGUUUCAACUGUUGGCUGUGGGAGGAGGGAAAGUGCUGAAGUCACAAAUGCACCAGUCAGAGUUCCGCAACAUUUGAGGAAAUGAAACCAGCUCUCAUUUGAAUCUGCGGCACGCUGCCACUCUUACUCCAGACCACACAUCAUGUAUAUCUCCAGAGUCCCCAUCCUGCUCACUCUGGGAGGGAAAUGUCUGCUCAACUGGGUUGUGGUGAUUCUCCAGAGGAGGCAGAUCGGCAGAAGCUUCCUGGGAGUUUUCAGCAUUUCUCUUGCUUUUGUUGACACAGUGCUGAUGCUCUCCAUCGCCAAAAUUUACAUUCACAGCGAAGAAUUUGUUGUCCUCUUUGGCUACAUGAUGACAAAGUACGAUCCUUGUUUGCUGCUUCAGAUCACUGGACACAUCAGCGUGGUGCUGCAGUGGCCCGUGACCCUCAUGGCUUCUGUGGAUCAUCUCAGCACUGUGACUAGGAAGUUAAAAGCCACUACUUUUAAGCCAACAUGGGUCUUCUAUUCAUAUGCGACCGCCUUUGUGUGGUUCAUCACCGCUCUCUAUUUUCUCCUGCUGUAUGACUUUGUUCCUGAUAUUUACAAAGACAACACGAUCAGGUGCAGGAUCUUCCACUCCGUUCAGACCCUACACAUCACCCUGCUGCUCCUCCUGGUCCUGGCAAGUGUUGCAGUGUUUUCAGCCAUCAAACCUUUACUAAAAAGUCACAUUCCAAACUGGGGGCAAACUCCCUGCAGGAUGAGUUUUGUCCAAGAAACGGUGCAAAAUUUCUUCCACACUUGGACUCCAUUCCUGGUUUUCCUGGCUGUGCCCCUCUUUCUGCCGAUGGGAAUACCCUCAUACAUGGAUCUGAACGUUGUCUGGCUGUGUUUUCUUAACAGCCUUCUGGUAGCUAUUGUUUUAUGUGCAGUCUGUCCAUCUUCACAGGUACUGCAGGACCGGCCAAAGCCUCCUGCAGAACCGCUUCUUUGACCGGAGCGGUUAGUCGAUUUUAGCUCGACUUCAGAGGACAAAACACAACAACAGGAAACACGUUGAAGGAAGUCAAAGUGACUCCAAUAUCUUAUAGAAAAGUAUAUUUUUACAAAGAAAAGUUCAAACUUUACUCUCUGUCUAUUUGUCUUUUAAAAUUCUUGUAAAACCAAAGUUUUCUGAAAAAUCCUGAGGUGUAAAGAAAAUAACAGCUUCCAUUCUCUGGCAGUUUUAUUGUUUUACAUACUGUGACUUUACGUUUAUCAGUUUGAGUAUUAAAAAUGCACCGCUCCUUGUAAUCA